CAGCUGGUUAUCGAUGUGUGUGUCACAAUGUCACAAUGUAAUUAUUUUAAAAACGUGGAAGCAAGUAAUAAUCUUUAAUACAUGACUUUAUGAGUCGAUACAACAACUUGAAACGAUUUUAUUUAAUUAUUUAAAGCACACCGUGGCAUCGUAUCUGAAAAUUUCGCGAGUGAUAAUUUUGUAUGACAAUAAAGUGAAGUGAAACGAUGAAGUGACAUUGACAUUUUAAUCAGUGACUUAUGGACGCGGGAAAUUUGAGCAGUUUUUAUAGAAAUUUGAAUGUGAAAUGCCGUGUUGUAUCUCAUAAUAUUUAAGUUCCCGCGAUAAAAGUUGUGUUUGUGAUGUGGAGUGAAAGUAGUUUAAAUGUAUCGACUAGUUGACAUUGUUGUGUGCCGAUACAUGCAUGUGCCCUCGCAUCAUUGGCAAAACACCAUUUAUGUGAAGAAUUCACCGUCUACUUCCGCAUCUGUUGUAAAUUGUGUUGAUAAAUAAUAAACACAUAUUACAAAGAUCCAAAAUGGGGUUCACAAUGACCGAGGGAGGUUUCGGCGUGGGUGACUAUGUGGCCUUUGGCGUGCUAUGCGCCUUCUCUUGUGCUGGUGGGAUAUGGUACAGUGCUGUUGGCUCACGGUCCAAAGCAAUUGUAGACUUGAAGGACUAUCUGCUGGGAGGCAAAUCUAUGUCCACGUUUCCUGUGGCCAUGUCGCUUAUAGCUAGUUACGUAUCAGGAGUCACUAUCCUGGGUACUCCAGCUGAGAUAUACAACUAUGGAACCCAGUAUUGGCUGGUCAUUGUUGGUGUGUGCCUCAGCUGCUUUGUUGUUGCUACUGUGUAUCUACCAGUAUUCUGCACUUUGAGGUUAUCGUCUUCUUAUGAGUAUCUACAGUUGCGUUUUAAUCGACAUGUGCGAGCCGUUGCAUCUAUUUUGUUUCUUUUGGACGAAGUGCUGUUUCUGCCGAUGGUGAUAUAUGUUCCAGCUUUGGCAUUUAACCAAUUGACAGGGUUUAAUGUUUUCGCCGUGGGCGGAGCGAUGGUUUUAAUAUGCGGCCUUUAUACUGCAUUAGGAGGUCUCCGCGCGGUGGUAUGGACGGACUCCGUACAAACGGGAAUAAUGUUCAUCGGCAUAGUGCUGAUGGGGACAGCCGGUACGCUAGCGGUUGGGGGGAUAGCCACUGUCAUUGAUACCGCUGAUGUUUCGGGGAGACUGCAUUUGUCCAACUGGAGUUUCUCCCCCUACGAGCGUCAAACGGGAUGGGGCGCGAUUGUUGGCGGCUUCCUGUAUUGGACCUGCUUUAAUUCCGUCAACCAAACUAUGGUGCAGCGAUAUAUUUCUCUGCCCACUAAGAGAAAGGCGAUUGCCGCUUUAGGUAUAUUCUGCAUAGGCGCAAUGUUCGCAAUCAGCCUCUGUGUAUGGUGUGGGUUGGCUGCUUGGACGGCCUGGGUGCAAGGGGGUUGUGACCCCCGGGGCGCGCCAUUGGUGGAUGAUAGACUUCUACCGGCCUUUGUUACUUAUGUGUCGAAGACGCAGAAGCUGCCGGGGUUGGCAGGGGUCUUUCUAGCUGGCGUCUUUGGAGCUGGGUUGAGUUCGCUAUCAGCGGUACUAAACGCGUGUGCGCUAGUGGUAGUGGAGGAUCUGCUGCAUGGGUGGCUGAAGGUGCGGUUCCGGCCGCUGGUGGAGGGCGUGCUGGCGCGCUCCGUGACCGCCGCGCUGGCGCUCGUGGCCGUGCUCAUGCUGGUCGUCAUCCAGCAGCUGGGCGGCGUGCUGGGUGUGGCAACAGCCCUAUCAGCGAUAGCAGCAAGUGCGACGUGCGGCAUAUUCACACUGGGCAUGUGCUGUUGGUGGGUCGGGCCGAAGGGUGCACUAGCGGGUGGGAUCGCUGGGGCAUUACUUGCAGGUGUAACUUCCCUGGGCACGCAGGCAGCAGCCGCGGCGGGUUUACGCGCUCCUCCACUAGAAUUUGAUGCAGCGUGCGCUAGAAACGCGUCGAUUGUUAUGGAGAAUACUAAUAUUGAUCCAGAAACAAUAUUCCCCCUAUUCCGGAUAUCCUAUCACUGGAUAGCUCCUCUUGGCCUCCUCGCUACACUCACAGUAGGAGCUAUAGUCGGUUGGUUCUUCGACAAAAGAGAUGAUACCAAAAUGGACGCGGAAUUAUUCACCCCAGUGAUAUGGAGGUGGCUGCCACCAGAAUGUAUAGAAAAAGCGGGGGAAAUUAGAAGAAAGUUGGCAGUGAAAGAGAUUGACUCCCCUGCACCUUCUUCUCCGCUUAUUUUGGGCAGGAUUGCUAAUAAGAUGGAAAGACCUCCAGAGACUAGAUGAAGCUACCUCCAUAACUAUUGAAGAAAAUGAAGGUACCUGUGAAUUUGAUUGAAAUUUGACCAACGAAGGACCAUAAACAUAAGUAUUACAGCACUUUAUACAAGUUGUAACAAUCUCGUUUUGUUAAUAAAUAAUAAAUAUACGCACAAAACUG